CGAAACUCGAGUGUUUUCAUCUCAGUCGUGUGUUGUUCACGCACUCCUGCGCACGUACCGAGCGCAACUAUUCGCGGAGUGAAUUAUUGACUAUUAGUGUUGUGAUAAAUUCAAUUUAUUAGUUCCAAUUUCAAACGCGUAAAUUUUUUAUUGAAGUGAAGCAACAUGAUAUUUGAAUUGCUGCUAGCCGGGCUAGCAGUUCUGGUGGUAUGGCUGAUAUUCUUCAGAGAUGAUGACAAUCCUGUGGACAAACUCCCUGGACCUCCAAGGAGGCCAUGGAUAGGGAACGCUUGGGAGCUGCUCCAAAUGCCUGCAGAUAAGUUUUUGGAUGUAUUGGUGGACUAUACGAAUAAAUACGGCGACCGCUAUGUGUUCAAGGUGUUUAGUCUCCGUGUGCUCCACAUAUCUGGACCUCCUGACGUUGAGACGGUUCUCUCGCAUUCGAAGAAUAUCAAGAAGAGUGCUCCUUAUGACUUCCUCAAGGGUUGGCUGGGUUCGGGACUGCUGCUCAGUACUGGUCUUCACUGGCACAAGCGUCGUAAGAUCCUUACUCCGACCUUCCACUUCAACAUCCUGAAAAACUUCGCCAACGUCAUCGAGGAGAAGACCCAGGACCUCGUUAAGAUGUUGAAGGAGAAGAACGGAGCUGAUGUCAGUUUGAUGCCUACGAUCAGUGACUUUACGCUCUUUACUAUUUGUGAAACUGCGAUGGGAACCAAACUGGAUGACGAUCAAACAUCAGCCACCGUAGACUACAAGAACGCAAUCCUAAACAUCGGCUUGCAAAUGUUGUGCAGGAUCAGUAGAUUUUGGCUGCACAAUGACUUCAUCUUCAACAACUCCUCACGAGGGAAGGAAUUCGCCAAAACCCUAGAAGUAGCCCGAUCUUUUGCUGACAAUGUCAUCAUGGACAGAAAGGCCCAAAGAGCUCAGAAUAAGGGAGAAGCAAUAGCUGAUGUGACUGAUGGUAUUGGAACUAAGAGGAGAUUGGCUAUGUUGGAUCUCUUGCUGGAGGCUGAGGAGAAAGGCGAGAUCGAUAUGGAUGGUAUCAGGGAUGAAGUCAACACGUUCAUGUUUGAGGGACACGACACAACAGCCUUGGCCCUCACUUUCGGCUUGAUGCUGAUAGCUGAUCAUGAAGAAGUACAGGAGCGCAUCUACGAGGAAUGUCAAACGAUCCUUGGUGACUCCGAGCACGUGACAAUGUCCAACUUAUCCGAUAUGAAGUAUUUGGAAGCGGUCAUCAAGGAAAUACUGCGAUUGUACCCGAGCGUGCCAUUCAUUGGACGAGAGAUCACUGAAGAUUUUAAGUUGGGCGAUCUACUAGUGAAGAAGGGUACCACCGUGGACGUCCACAUCUACGAGCUGCACCGUCGAGCUGACAUGUUCCCGGAACCUGAGAAGUUCAUGCCGGAGCGGUUCCUUGGCACGGAAAUGAAACAUCCUUACGCUUAUGUACCGUUCAGCGCUGGACCUAGGAACUGCAUUGGACAAAGAUUCGCGAUGCAGGAAAUGAAGACGACACUCAGCGAGCUGGUGCGUCACUUCAAAAUUGUACCUAAAGUCAAGGGGGCAAGGCCUAGAGUUAUGGUGGACUUGGUGCUUAGACCAGUGGACCCCAUAUAUGUGAAGUUUAUACCUCGCUAACUACAUACAUGUAUUGUGAGAUUUUUAAAUUAAGAAAAUUGUGUUUUAUCGUAGCAGACUUCCAU